AUGAGCGAAGAGCAACCGGGCACCCCCAGCUGGCUGAGCCCCGAGCCCACGGCGUGGGCCAGCGGCGGGGGGCCGCCGGACAACUCCAGCGUCCCGGCGACGUUCCCCGUGGAGGAGUCCCUUUCGCCCCGUCAGCUGCCCCUGCUGGUCAACCCGUGGGACAUCGUCCUGUGCACUUCGGGGACCCUGAUCGCCUGCGAGAACGCGCUGGUGGUCCUGGUGAUCUGGCAGAACCCGGCCCUGCGGGCGCCCAUGUUCUUGCUCAUCGGCAGCCUGGCGCUGGCCGACCUGCUGGCCGGCCUGGGCCUGGUCCUGCACUUCACCUGUGCCUACCUGCUCCAGUCGGACUCGGCCCAACUUCUCACCGUGGGUCUGGUGGUGGCCUCCUUCUCCGCCUCCGUCUUCAGUCUUUUGGCCAUCACCAUCGACCGCUACCUGUCGCUGUACUACGCCCUGACCUACAACUCGGAGCGCACGGCGGCCUUCACGUACACCAUGCUGGUGCUGCUGUGGGGGCUCUCGCUGUGCUUGGGUCUGCUCCCCGUCACGGGCGUGAACUGUUUGGCCGAGGAGGCCACGUGCAGCGUGGUGCGCCCGCUCACCAAGAACAACAUCGCCGUGCUCUCGGUCUCCUUCCUGCUCCUGUUCGGUCUCAUGCUGCAGCUCUACGUGCAGAUCUGCAAGAUCGUGAUGCGCCACGCCCACCAGAUUGCCCUCCAGCACCACUUCCUAGCCGCCUCGCCUCACUACGUCACCACGCGGAAGGGCGUCUCCACGUUGGCCAUCAUCCUCGGGACCUUCGCCGCCUGUUGGAUGCCCUUCACCGUCUACUCGCUCAUCGCCGACUACACGUACCCGCCGCUGUACACCUACGCCACGCUGGUGCCCGCCACCUACAAUUCCGUCAUCAACCCGGUCAUCUACGCCUUCCGGAACCAGGAGAUCCAGAAGGCGCUGUGGUUGGUGUGCUGCGGCUGUGUCCCCGCCAGCGUGGCGCAGCGGGCGCGGACUCCCAGCGACGUCUGA